GUAUAAUUGAAGCGUGACACUCCAUACAGAGAUGUCAAAAACAAAUAAAUCCAAGUCUGGAUCUCGCUCUUCUCGUUCAAGAUCUGGAUCAAGAUCUCGGUCUCGUUCAUUUUCAAAGUCUCGGUCUCGGAGUCGAUCUGUGUCUCGUUCAAGGAAGCGCAGAUUGAGUUCUAGGUCUCGUUCCAGAUCGUAUUCUCCUGCUCAUAACAGAGAAAGAAAUCACCCGAGAGUAUAUCAGAAUCGUGAUUUCCGAGGCCACAACAGAGGCUAUAGAAGGCCCUAUUACUUCCGUGGGCGCAACAGAGGCUUUUAUCCAUGGGGCCAGUAUAACAGAGGUGGUUAUGGAAACUACCGCUCAAAUUGGCAGAAUUACCGGCAAGCCUACAGUCCUCGUCGGGGCCGUUCCCGAUCCCGGUCUCCAAAAAGAAGGUCCCCUUCACCAAGAUCCAGGAGCCAUUCAAGAAACUCCGAUAAGUCUUCCUCUGACAGGUCAAGGCGCUCCUCAUCCUCUCGGUCAUCUUCUAACCACAGCCGAGUUGAAUCUUCUAAGCGCAAGUCCGCAAAGGAGAAGAAGUCCUCUUCCAAGGAUAGUCGGCCAUCUCAGGCUGCUGGGGAUAACCAGGGUGAUGAGGCCAAGGAGCAGACGUUCUCUGGAGGUACCUCGCAAGAUACAAAAGGAUCUGAGAGCUCGAAGCCAUGGUCUGAUACAACCUACGGCACUGGUUCUGCAUCAAGGGCCUCGGCUGUUUCUGACCUGAGCCCCAGGGAGCGCAGUCCUGCUCUCAAAAGCCCUCUCCAGUCAGUUGUGGUGAGGCGGCGGUCACCCCGGCCUAGCCCUGUGCCAAAGCCUAGCCCUCCACUCUCCAACACAUCCCAGAUGGGCUCAACUCUCUCGAGUGGUGCUGGGUAUCAGGCUGGGACUCACCAAGGUCAGUUCGACCAUGGCUCUGGGUCCUUGAGUCCAUCCAAAAAGAGCCCUGUGGGUAAGAGUCCGCCGGCCAGUGGCUCCACAUAUGGCUCAUCUCAGAAGGAGGAUUCUGUUGCUUCAGGAGGAGCAGCCUAUACGAAGAGGUAUUUAGAUGAGCAGAAGACAGAGAAUGGAAAAGAUAAGGAACAGAAACAAAAUACUGAUAAAGAGAAAAUGAAAGAAAAAGGGAGCUUCUCUGACACAGGCUUGGGUGAUGCGAAAAUGAAAUCUGAUCUAUUUGCUCCCAAAUCUGACACUGAGAAGCCUUUCCGGGGCAGUCAGUCUCCCAAAAGAUACAAGCUUCGAGAUGACUUUGAGAAGAAGAUGGCUGACUUCCACAAGGAUGAGAUGGAUGACCAAGAUAAGGACAAAUCUAAGGGAAGGAAGGAAUCUGAGUUUGAUGAUGAACCCAAAUUUAUGUCGAAAGUCAUAGCAGGAGCAAACAAAACCCAGGAGGAGGAGAAGUCGUCCAAAUGGGAAGGCCUCGUGUAUGCACCUCCAGGGAAGGAAAAGCAGAGGAAAACCGAGGAGCUGGAGGAGGAGUCUUUCUCAGAGAGAUCCAAAAAGGAGGACCGAGGAGGGGCCAAGAGAAGCGAGACUGGCCACAGAGGAUUUGUGCCAGAGAAGAACUUCCGAGUGACCGCAUACAAAGCAGUCCAUGAGAAAAGCUCAUCACCUCCCCCCAGGAAGACCUCUGAGAGCCGUGACAAGCUGGGAGGCAAAGGAGACUUUUCCACAGGGAAGUCUUCCUUCUCUAUUACUCGAGAGGCCCAGGUCAAUGUCCGGAUGGACUCUUUUGACGAGGACCUUGCUCGACCCAGUGGCUUAUUGGCUCAGGAACGCAAGCUUUGUCGGGAUUUAGUCCAUAGCAACAAAAAGGAACAGGAAUUUCGUUCCAUUUUCCAGCACAUACAGUCAGCUCAGUCUCAACGUAGCCCCUCAGAAUUGUUUGCCCAGCAUAUAGUGACCAUUGUUCACCAUGUUAAAGAGCAUCAUUUUGGGUCCUCAGGAAUGACGUUGCAUGAACGCUUUACUAAAUACCUAAAGAGAGGAACUGAGCAGGAGGCAGCUAAAAACAAGAAAAGCCCAGAGAUACACAGAAGGAUAGACAUUUCCCCCAGUACAUUCAGAAAACAUGGUUUGGCUCAUGACGAGAUGAAAAGUCCUCGAGAACCUGGCUACAAGGCUGAGGGAAAAUACAAAGAUGAUCCUGUUGAUCUCCGCCUUGAUAUUGAACGUCGUAAAAAACAUAAAGAGAGAGAUCUUAAACGAGGUAAAUCAAGAGAAUCAGUGGAUUCCCGAGAUUCAAGCCACUCAAGGGAAAGAUCAGCUGAGAAAACAGAGAAAACUCACAAAGGAUCAAAGAAGCAGAAGAAGCACCGGAGAGCACGAGACCGGUCCAGGUCCUCAUCCUCUUCCUCCCAGUCGUCCCACUCCUACAAAGCCGAAGAGUACACUGAAGAGACGGAGGAGAGAGAGGAGAGCACUACGGGCUUUGACAAAUCAAGACUGGGGACCAAAGAAUUCGGGGGUCCAAGUGAAAGGGGAGGAGGCAGAGCUCGAGGGACCUUUCAGUUUCGGGCCAGAGGGAGAGGCUGGGGCAGAGGCAACUACUCUGGCAACAAUAACAACAACAGCAACAAUGAUUUUCAAAAGAGAAACCGGGAAGAGGAGUGGGACCCAGAGUACACACCCAAAAGCAAGAAGUAUUACUUGCAUGAUGACCGCGAAGGUGAAGGCAGCGAGAAGUGGGUGAGCCGGGGCCGGGGCCGAGGAGCCUUUCCCCGAGGUCGAGGCCGGUUCAUGUUCCGGAAAUCCAGCACCAGCCCCAAAUGGGCCCAUGACAAAUUCAGUGGGGAGGAAGGGGAGAUUGAAGAUGACGAGAGUGGGACAGAGAACCGAGAAGAGAAGGACAACUUACAGCCCACAACAGAAUAA